AAGAAUACUUUGCAGCGAAUUCACAGUAUGAGCUUGUUUUUACCCUUGUACUUAUCAUACAGAAAAUUUGGAACCACGGCAAAUUGAAUAAUAAACACGGAUGGAGAGGAACAGUUACUUGUUUUUUUUUUUUAAUAAAAAUUACUGAGCGUUAUUUUGAUAUACUGUAUGUAAACAAAAAUAAUGGCUCAGGUUGCUUAUUUAGAUAGCAUGCUGCGGGAGUACUUAAUUUUUCGGGGAUAUUCAAACACACUGAAAGCCCUGGAUGUGGAGCAGCGUAACGAAAAGGAUCAACAUUUUAGGGCAGAGCGCUUAAUAGAACACUUUAAUGCUGCCGUGCAGACAUCGGAUCUAAAGACGCUUCGCAGUCUUUGGCUUCACUUGGAGAACAACCUGUUUAGUAAGCUGGAUCACACAUAUGCCACUGCCGUCAAGAAGUUGGAAAACAGCCUGCUAAAAUAUUAUCUAGUAUCGGCGUACAGUAACAAUAAAGCGGAUAAAAUAUCUGAGUUCUUUAAUAAAUUGGCCAGCGAACUUCAGCAACAAAGCGAGUGGAAGGACUGGUUCUUUUUCUCAUUCUGUAAAAAUGCGGAGGAGUCUCCCAUAUUUGCACUCUACUUUACCAAGCAGUGGCAGGACACUCUGCUGCUGUCGCUGCGUAACUUUCUGACCACUGUCUACCAAUGCCUGCCACAGCCAACGUUUGUGCGUGCCGAACAGGAGGCUGCUUACAUGCAGCGUCUACAGGACGACAAUACCCGACUACGCGCCCGCCUGCUGCAGCUGCAGCAAGAACAACAGCAGCUGGCCAAUGCAUCUAGUUCACAGAAUCUGAGUGGUGGCGAAGGCAGCACUCGUCGUCGCACCACGUGCCGACAUCAACAGAGCUUAAGCGACAUCUUGCCCUUCGACAUCAGUCCACCUGGUCAUAUAGUCGAUGACUUCUGUAUUAUUGCCUCCGAGGCGAACAUUGUGGGCCAAGCCAGCGAGGGGCAGGCACGUGGGCUAAAAUUGCUCAUACGAAACAUUGGCUCCGGCAGCUCCCCGGUGCUGUCACGCAAGGAUAAUGGCGGCGACAAGUCGUCGGGCAAGCAUAGAUCCGGCAGCGUUGGCCGCAGUUGGAUUUAGUUAGAUUUUAAAUAAACAAUCAGUUGGAACGCUUUUGAUUUCUUUUAAUAUUUUAUUUAUUUGCGCUUCCUCCGAAUUGAAUAGACGUACAAAAUAAAGAGCAAAU